AUGUCCUUCGUUUCCAGCCCGAGUGAUGCCGCAGCGAUCGCGACGAUUCGUACGCUUGCAGUAGAUGUCGUAGGAAAGGCAAACUCUGGUCAUCCAGGCGCACCAAUGGGCAUGGCGCCAGUCGCACACGUCCUUUUCUCUAGAUUCGUGAAUGCCAAUCCUAAGAACUCGAAGUGGUUUAACCGCGAUCGAUUCGUACUCUCCAAUGGACACGCAUGCGCCCUCCAAUACGUCCUUCUGCAUCUCCUGGGCUACAAGCUAUCCAUGGACGACCUCAAAGCUUUCCGUCAGCUUGAUUCUCUUACUCCUGGUCAUCCAGAAGCUGGGCACACGGACGGUAUUGAAGUCACGACCGGCCCUCUCGGACAAGGAUUUGGAAACGGUGUAGGCCUUGCCAUCGCCCAAGCCCACCUUGCAGCUGUCUACAACAAAGAUGGCUUCGAUUUGAUUAAUAACUUCACCUAUGUAUUCUGUGGCGACGGUUGCCUGAUGGAGGGUGUUGCUAGUGAGGCAGCAAGUCUUGCCGGACACCUACAACUUGGCAAUCUGAUUGUUAUCUACGAUGACAACCACAUCUCUAUCGACGGAGACACCGCGGUCGCCUUCACUGAAAAUGUUGAACAGCGGUUCUUGUCGUACAACUGGCAAGUUCUCCACGUGGACGAUGGUGAUAAUGAUUUGGGCGGAAUUUAUUCCGCUAUCGCCGAAGCUCGUAGAGAGACAACCAAGCCUACCAUCAUCCGUCUGAGGACCACUAUUGGCUUCGGUUCUAAGCAGCAGGGGACACACGGUGUCCAUGGGUCGCCUUUAAAGGCUGACGAUAUCCAAGCCUUGAAGUCCAAAUUCAACUUCCCCCCUGAUCAGAAAUUCUAUGUGCCACAGGAGACUUACGAUGCCUAUGCUGAGGUGGCCAAGCGUGGGGCUGCUCUCGAAGCCCAAUGGAACGACCUGUUUGCUGCAUACGCCAAGCAAUAUCCUACAGAGCAUGCAGAACUCACUCGCCGCAUUGCUGGCGAGCUCCCGGAGGGAUGGGAGAAGACUCUGCCAGUAUACAAGCCCAGUGACGCCGCUCAAGCCUCUCGUAAAUUGUCCGAAAUUGUCCUUACUUCCAUCAUCCCCGGGUUACCUGAACUUGUCGGAGGAUCGGCUGAUCUAACGGGAAGUAACUUGACAAAAGUCAAGGGCUCCGUCGACUUCCAGCCACCAAGCACCGGUUUGGGAACAUACGCGGGAACCUACAUUCGCUACGGUGUACGCGAACACGGUAUGGGUGCUAUUGCAAACGGUUUGUCUGCUUAUGGCGCAAUCAUUCCCUUCGUCGCGACAUUCUUGAAUUUUGUAUCUUAUGCUGCUGGCGCAGUUCGUCUCUCUGCUCUCAGUUCGCAUCAGGUCAUUUGGGUUGCCACUCACGAUUCAAUUGGUCUUGGCGAAGAUGGCCCGACACAUCAACCGAUAGAAACUGCCAUUCACCUCCGUGCCAUCCCCAAUCUCGCCUUCUGGCGUCCAGCUGAUGGGAACGAAACCUCCGCCGCAUACUACGUCGCCCUGAAAUCCAAGAAGACGCCAUCCGUCCUCUCUCUAUCUCGUCAAAACCUGCCCAACCUUGAGGGCUCCACGAUAGAGAAGGCUGCCAAGGGUGGUUACGUGGUCCACGAAGUAGAAGGCGAGGAUCUAACCAUCGUUAGCUCUGGAAGCGAAGUGGCCAUAGCGAUUGAGGCGGCGUCCAAGCUCAAGGACGAGGGGCUCAAGGUCCGCGUUGUCAGCUUGCCUUGCUGGCUUGUUUUCGACCAGCAACCCGAAGAGUAUAGACUCAGUGUGCUCAGAAGCGGCGCACCGAUUCUUUCUUUGGAAGCCCUCUCGACCGCUGGCUGGCAGAAAUACAGCCACGAACAGUAUGGUCUGGCAGCAUGGGGUGCCUCUGGUCCAUACCAGAAGGUUUACGAGAAAUUCGGCAUCACUGGCUCAAAUAUUGCCAGCGUUGGCAAGAAGGUUGUUGAAUUCUACAAGAAGAGGGGCGGCGAGAUUGUGUCGCCUUUGGUCAAGGCGUUCGUUCUUUAA